AUGCGCUUCGCCUCCAUCACGCUUUCCGUUCUGGCAACUACGUUGCUCUGCUUGCUCAGCGCGAGCAGCGCGAACGCUGACAUGUGCGCUGUCAAAGAUGCCAACACGGGUACCUACUUGGGAUGUCCGGGAGGUUGUGAUGUCGACACAAUGAAAUUUCCUGCCUGUAAGCUGGCCGAUGGCAAGAUCGUCAAGGGUCAGUAUAGAGUGCGGUACGACGAGAGUGAUCCGGUAGACUCUGACCCGUUCCCAGCUAUGUCUUUUCAGGUGUCCAAGACAGUGCGUGCUGGGCUCUCUUCAGAGAUCGACAGGACGGGCCCAAGCGCUGCCCCAUUCAUUGCAGUCUCGACAAUGGCGCCGCUGGUAUCUCCUGCGUUUGAGCAACCGCAGGACCGCCAGAGCACGUAG